ACGUUAUCACACGACACUUGCUAAUUAUUCUUCAAGCAUCAAGCGCUCGCCAAGGAUUGAGGCGCUUAGGAGCUACGAAGUUAUUGGCGACAUUCCAGUGCACAUGGUCAACUUUAAGUCUGCAGAUUACAUAUGAGCUAUGUCUUUCAGCCACUUACGGGUGAAUGGUACGGUCCGCUAAACGUUUAAAGCAGUGCUUCGCGUGCACUCUGGCUAGGAUAUCUGUGUUUGAAGGCUUGAACAGAUUGUCACGGGCUUCAGCUCGACUGCGGCGGACCUCGGCCGUCUACCGUACCUCCACGCCACCCUCCGCGCCUCUCUCGCCCAUCAGCGUCCCACGGGCAGCGGCGUCGGCAGGCUCAACACACGCCACCUGCACGCUGCCAGGCUCCCGGCCCGCGCCCAGCCACAUUCACCACACGAACUGAAGCUGUCGGCGCCGCUGGCUUGGGCAGCCGCCGAGUGGCGGCGGCGGCGCUCACUAUGCGGGCCUGAACAGGCACAUGCACAUGACAGCGUGCAGUGAUGUGGGCUAUGCAGCGACGCCUGGCGCUGCGUCUGCUGGCGCGGCGGUGGCGAGCGGUGGUGGAAGCUGGUCGCUAGAUGCGCUGCCACGUACCGGUCAACAGUCACCAGGGCUGGGACCGGGUCCGGGGUCAGGGCCAGGGUCGGGACCCGCACACGGCCUGGGUGCCAGCACCGACCAAGUGCCCCGGCAGUACUGGUCGAGCCCAGACCCUGUCAUCCUCACUGACGUGGCCGUCGCCGCCACGACGCCAGCCGCCGCCGUCAGCGGCUGUAGCAGCGGCAGCAGCGGCGGGGGCCUCCACCGCAGCCGCAGCUGGUGGCGGCUGACUGGGCUGGCGGGUCGCGUGUGCUGCGGCCGCGGCCCUCUGCCCCGUGACCACGUGCCGCACACCGCCCAUUGCGUCGAUGGCGGCUUGGCGGGCGGCGACGGCACGGGGUCGGUUGCCGCAUCCGCAGGCCGCGCCGCUGUGCCGCGCCCACUACACCCACACCGCCUCGCAGCGGCGGCCGCUGAGCCGUCGGCGCAAGGCAGCGGCUGCGGGGGCGCCGCAAGCCGCGCACCGCACAAACCGCACCAGCAACAGCACCAGCAACUAUACCAGCACAGCACUAGCUGUGCCCCAUCCAGGGAGCAACGGCCAACGUCUCCCAGUCAGUCACAGCUGCCGUCAUCCAGGCGCCGUGUCUCCUUUAUAAAUGAGGUGUUGGCAGGCGGCGGCGGCGGCGGUGACAGCGACGGCCGCAGCGCCAGCCCGGGCGGCCAGCCGCGCCUGCCAACCGCUGCCGCCAACACGGCCCCUGAGGCGCCAGUGGCGGCCCCAGAGCAAGUACGUCUACUGGCCAUUGCGGCCAGCGGCUGCCGCUCCGGCUACGGGCUCGUCACCAGGAGCGGCAGCGGCAGCGGCAGCCGUCACAGCGGAGCCGGCUGUGGCCUGGCGGCCGCCGCCGCCGUCUCCGGGUGCAGGGGUGCGGCCGAGUUUGCCGAUGACGACCGCUGCCCCUCCUCUCCCCGAGGCGGAAGAGGGGCAGGCGGCAAUCAGCUGUCAGUUGAGUACCGCCCGGCAGGCGGCGAGCGGACGUCAUCCGACUGCAGCCUGCAUGCCAUCCGGCGGCGCUCGUCCGAGCUCGCCCACGGCGGUGAGGGGUGCCCUGCCGAGCAACAGCCGCUGCUGCCGUUUGGGCGCGAGGAGGAGGAGGCUCGGACAGGGCCGCAGCCGCAGGCGGCCAGUGACGCAGAUCAGGAGUGGCCACCGCAGCUAAGGGAUGGGCAGCAGCAGCGGCUGCCGCAAACACACAGCUCGCAGCCCCAGGCAGGGAGGCCCUCGGGUAGCGCCUGGCCGCAGCAGCAGCCCGAGGGGCAGGGGCAGCAGCAGCGGCAGCCGGCGCAGCAGCAGGGCGGCGACGAGGCCAGCAGGGGCGGCGAGCUAAGCAGUUACGUGGCGGGCAGUGGGGCAGCGAGUGGGGGCAGCAGCGCAUGCGGCGGGACACGGCCUCAGCCGCAAAGCCGGCAGGACGGGGCCGCGGUGGAUGUUGCAGCGGCUUUGUUCGGCGACACCGGUGGGGGCGGUAGAGGUGGCGGCGCUGGCGCUCACAAGUCCGGCAGCCGCGCGUGGUCGGUAUCUGCCUUGUGCGCUGCAGACGCCAUUGCCGCUGGAUCCGCUCGCAGCCUGAAAAGCCGCCUCAGCUGCUGCAGUAGUGCCGCAGUAACGCUAGCCGGCGCUGUCGCUUCGGCCGCGGCCGCCGCCGACGGUGACGGUGACCAUGCUGAGAACGGCUACCGCACAAGGGGCUCACAUGAGGCGAUGGACGCGGCAAACCGCGAGAGCCAACGAGAGCGCCGACAUCCGGCCCCGCUUGACCCCCCCGCCCCCACGACCGCAGUCGGGCGGCCCCCACGACUGCAGUCGGGCGGAGGGGGCGACCGGGAGGGCGGUGGCGCCGACUGCUGCUGCGAGCCGCGGCGGCAGUGCGGCGCCACUCCCGGCGUCCUGGUGUCCCCGCAGGAGGAGGUGGAGGUGGGGGUGGCCCCGGUGCAGGCCACCACCUCGGCCGCAGCGGAACAGUUUGUACUGGAGGCGGAGCCGGAGGCGGCAGACGUGGACACCGCCGCUGAUCGGGCCGCCGCGGCUGGAGUGGCACAGCGCCAGCAACAGCAGCAGCAGCAGCAGCAGCAGCAGCUGGCAGCUGUGGGGCGCCUGCCCUCGCGUACAUCGGCGCCGCCCCACAGCCUCACGGCGGGUCCAGACGCGUCGCCGCCGCUGCCCCAGCUUGUGAGCCGCGACAGUGCCAACCCGCCGCAGCCGCCGCCGCCGCCACGCAGCUGCCAGCACCACCGCCUGCGUCGCCCGCAGCCCCACGCCUCCCCUUCCUCCUGUGACCACAACGCCCACAGCCCGCCAUUCGCUACUCCCAUUGACCCCGUCACCUCCGAUGGCUACCGCCACCCUUGCAGCAGCACUGCCACGGCCGACAGCGCCCACAGCGACUGCCGCGGCAGCGGCGGCAUCACUCGCCUGACACCACGGCGGGCGGACCUGCGACUUGACGCCAUGCUGCUGCUGCCGUCGUCGCUGCCUGCUCGCGGCUCCCACACGGCGCCUGGCGCGCCGCUGCCGACGUGUGCGGGCACUGCGCCACUACUGCCGUACGCGGCGCUGAGCUCCACCGCGUCCCCCGCCGGCGGCGCACCCAGCAGUGCCGGCGGCCGCGCCGAGGCGGGCCAUGGCCUUGGCGGCGGCACCGAGCUGGCCGCGGGCGGAGACGACGGCAAUCGGCUGGAACUUCAGGGGCACUUUGGUCCCGCGUGCGUAGCGGCGCCACAACAAUGCCGCCGGUUGCACCCGCGCAGUGCUGCACAGGUGCGGCCGUUGGCGGCGUGCACACACCGUGGUAACGCGGUCGGGGGGCCGCCUGCUGGCCUGUUGCCCGGUGGGGAUGCCGCUCCCUCGCUGGCGCCUGCAGCCGCAGCGGUGGCCGUCGACGCCUCCACCGGCUAUGACAGUGUGGGCUGUCUGGACGGCGUCGGAACCCCAGAGUCGGCGGUGUCAGCCAAUGUGCAGCUGCUGCGGCGCGACCCGGGCAGCGGCUCAGGCCGCAGCCCCAGCCGCGGAGCGCUGCUGGUGAUGGAUGGCAGCGCUUGCCGGGAUGGCGGUGGCGGUGUGGGUGCCGACGUCAGCGUUGACGGCUGCGGUGCUGGCGCGGCCCGUUGGGAUGCCGCUGCAUUGUCAUCUGCCGUUGCGACUGCAACUGCGGUUGCCACUUUUGCUGACGUUGAGCCUGCCGGCUCUCCGCAGUCCAAGGGCCCGGUUUGCGGCGUCAGCGACAUCUGGAAUGCCAUGGUUGACGUGCCUGGCGGCGGCGGUGGCAGUGGCGGCGGCAUUGGCGGCGGCGCUGGCGGCGGUGCCAAGGUGUUGGACAUCACGAGCGACUUUGACUUAUGGCAGCGCCCGCAGCUGCAGCUGCAAUUGCCGCCGCCGUACCGGGCGGCGGCGGGGCGGACGCAGCCGCCCACAACCAGCCUGCAGCCGCUGCAGGCGCAUGCGCGGCGGCAGGCACGGCAGGCGCCGGCAGCUGGGGGCAGAGAGGCGGCUGGGGUGGAGGCGGCGGCGGGGCCACGGCACUGGCGGCGCGAUGUUGAAGACGGCAACGCGUUGGAGGAAGAGGGAGCGGUGGCGGUGGCGGAGACAGGUGGCGCGUCACGGACGCAGCCUGUGUUGGACGACGGCGCCGGCGUGACGUUGCUGCCAGUGCUGCUGGGGACGGGCGCCGCUGGCAAGGUGUAUGCAGGUUUGUUCCAAGGCCGGCGUGUGGCUGUGAAGCUGCUGCCCCUGGGGCACCUGUGCAACGAACUCGCAGCACUCAUGGCGCAGGCAGCGGCAGAGGCGCCACGGUCGCGGCGGACGCCGCCGAGACUGUCGCCCCUACCCCUCCUGCGGUCGACGCAGCUGGGGGCGCAGCCAGGGGUUUCUGCUACAGCCGCAGCAGCAUCAGAGACGCCGCAGCUCUCGGCCCUUCCGUCCGGUGCUACAGCCGUUCUCACGGGACAGCUGAGCGGCUGUGACAUGGACACGGCGGCGGGCGUCCCCUCGGCCUACGACAGCAGCAGUAGCAGCGAGGGCGACGCAGGCGGCAGGGAUGGGGGGGACUACUGUGGCGGGGACGGCUGCGCUGGGCCUGGUGGUGGCGGUGGCAGCAAUGUGGCCUCACAGGUCAGGGCGCGUAUGCGCAGCGCCCGGCUGCACCAGCUGAACCAGCGCCCGAGCAGCAGCAGCCGCAGUCGCCUUCCGACAGCGCAGCCGGCACCGCAGCCGCAGCUGCAGGGCAUGGAGGACAAAGGCCCGGCGUCGCCGCCACCUGCGGCCGCUGCAGCGCCGACACACGCCGCUGCGCCAGCCGGUGCGCACGCGGCUGCCGGCUCGGAUGCGGCGGCACCUGCAGCAGCACCGGCAGCGGACUGGGACGCAGGCGGCGCGGGGGCACGGGACGACGCCCUGGGGCCGCCGCCGCCCGGGCCGCCGCCUGUGGGCGAGGACGUGGCGCGGGCGGUGGAGCUGUACCGGCAGGAGGCCGAGGUGCUCGGCAGGAUUGAACACCCCAACGUGGUGCGGCUGCUGGCCGCCAGCCUGUCCCCGCCCGCGCCCUGCUUCCUGGUGAUGGAGCGCUGCGACGCCAGCUUGGAGUCCCUGCUGCUCGGCACCGCACCCUCGCCGCCCGCCAGCGCCGCCGGCACGCCCACACCCGGCACCGCGGGCGCACCGGGGCUGCGGCGCGCGCUGAUGCCUCUGCCCAAGGUGCUUCACAUCGCCAUCCAGAUCGCUCGGGGCCUGGAGUACCUGCACCCCACCAUCACCCACGCGGACCUGAAGCCCGCCAAUGUGCUCAUCAACGACCCCGACUCGCCCAAGCCGAUUGUGAAGCUGUCGGACUUUGGCCUGUCCAAGCUCAUGUCCGGCAUCACCAGCACCUCCCUCAAGUCUCACGCCGGCACGCCCGCCUACAUGGCCCCGGAGUGCUACUGCAGCCCGCCGCCACUGCAGCCCGCGCCGGAGACACAGGCCGCCCCGCCGGACACCGCGCAGCCGCCUCUAGCAGGCGCCGCCCACCACCACCACCACCACCACCACCAGCACCAGCACCUGCAGGACCCGCCGCCGGACCCGCCGCUGGCUUCCCGGACUCCUCGCGCGCACAAGUCGGACAUGUACUCUCUGGGCCUGGUGCUGUACGCCAUGCUGACCGGGCAGCAGCCGUGGAAGGACUGCGGCGUGAUGGCUAUCGCCUACAAGGUGGGGGUGCUGGGCGAGCGGCCACCGCUGGAGCAGCUCAGCCGCCGCCGCUGCCCCGGCCCGCUGCGCCGCCUGGUGCGCCGCUGCUGGUCGCAGGACCCCGCGCGCCGCCCAGACGCAGCGGUGGUGGCCGAGCAGUUGCAGAGCCUGCUGGCUCAGCUGGAAGACGAGGAGGAGGAGCAGCGGCUGCGGCAGGAUCGGGAGCGGGGGGACACGGCGCAGCGGGACUGGCAGAGUGGGGCGGCGGCAGCGGCGGCCCUGGCGGCGGACCAGCUGCAGCUGCACCAGUCACGCCAGGCGCAGGGCCCCGACUUGGGGGCGGUUGGCUCUGCUGCGGACUCCACCACCACCGCCAGCACCUCGCCGCGCGCCAUGUCGCCACCUGCAAGAGCACCAGCGCUGCCUCACCAACACCACCCGCAGCACCACCAGCAGCACCACCAGCAGCAGCACCAGCAGCAGCAGUGGGGUCGCGCCCGCUGUGACGACGCCCCCCUGUUGGACACGGAGGUGGUCUCGGCGCUGCGUGACGGCGGCUGGCUGGCCCACAGGCGGCACAGCUGCAGCAGCGGCGCCAGCAGCGGUGCGGAGGGGCACCUGCAGCGGCUGGCGGGGGAGUGGCAGCGCAGCACGCCGCCGCCAGGCGCCGAGGCAGGGCAGUGGCAGUCGCCGCCGCCAGCUGGGUCCGCGGCGCAGCUGGUCAGCCCGCUGGUGCAGGCACACCGGCCGGCGCAGGCUGGGGGCGGCCCCGGAGUCGGCGGCGGCGCCGCUGCGGGCAUUCGCUGGAUGGCGUUCGCGCCGGGCGGUGGCGGCGGUGGUCAUGAUGGCAGUGGGUACCUUUGCAGCCCAAGCCUGAGCCCAAGGCACAGUGUUGCCGCAGGAAGGGUGGCAGGUGCGGCGCACGUGCAUUCUGGCGCUGUAGCAGGCACACACGUUGGCGCUGGCGGCAGCUCAGCAUUGCUGGCGCCGGCGCUGCCGACGGCGUCGACGGUGGUGACGGCGGCGGCAUUGGCACGCCAGCCUCUGCUCCAGGCGGCGAAGCCACGCGCCCGCCAACACCACCUGUACUUCCCCCGAGGCCACGCCACGGGCCCGGAACAUGGGCUUGACGGCGGCAGCAGCAGCAGCAGCAGCUACAUGGCGGGCCCCGGCAGCAUGCACCAGCACCAGCCGCAGCACCAGCAGCAGCAGCAGCAGGAGGGGCCGAUGUGUCAGAGUAGCCUCUUCAGCCGCAGCAGCCGCCGCAGCGGCAGCAGUGCGGCCUCCCGGCUGAGUGAGGGGGCGCUGCUGUCGCAGCUGGCGGGCGUGGAGCUGGAGAUAGAGCUGUAGCCGUGCGCAGGGAGCAGCGGGGGUACGACAGGCGUACGACAGGAGUACGGUAGCAGGAGUAGCUGGUACGGUGUUGGGGCACCUGGAAUCCAGCAAAUCAGCAAUGCAUGGCAGCAGUCGUAUGGGAGUGAGGAGGGGAGGAUGCACUUUAUGGCUCCCGGCUGGAGGAAUUCUGGUGUGGACUGGGUAUGCACUGACGGGGAAGCAUGCACUAACUCACAGUUGGAAGUAAUGCACGGAUGCAAUGGAUAUAUGCUUGCAUGUCGGCUGGGAUUGCGGCUGCACGUACGUGAGGGGAGGGGCGGCGGCUUGUGUGUGCAAUGCGGGAAUGCAAGUCGUGUUGUCGGGAGUGAAACGGGAGCAGUCCACUUUUCGCCUGCGGCCCCGCAUGCCCAGGGGACUCCCCUGCGCAUGCCAGGCACUUUCAAAAUCAUCAUGCUCUCAAUGCUUAUGGUGCAUGGGCCCGCAGCAGAGCAAUGUGGAUGCCUAGCAAGGCCGUGACUGCAAGUUAAUGCGCUAGUUUGUGGGCCGAACCGGGGGGCGGCCCUGCGGCGGGUGUUGUUAGGUGUCAAGGCGUGUCGUGCACUGUCACGUGCUGCUGGCUGUGAUGUGAUGGGGAGGCCGCGAUACGCUGCAUCUGGGGGUGACAGUGCAAGGUGAGGGUACUUCUCAUACAGUAUCUGGUUGGGGAUGUAUACCAGAUGCAUGGGCACUGCUGUCAAUCAAACAGUGCAUGCAUACACCCACUGCAUGCAUACACCCACUGCAUGCAUACACCCGCUGAAGGCAUACGCUUGCUUUUCAGACAGGUUCAGAUGCAUUUGGUGCGCGGGGACGAAUGCAAUACAUGAUAUGUGCGGGGGGCCAACUUGUGGCGAAGGAUGGAGGAGUCGGAGGCAUAGCAGGUGAACAGUAGUGCACAACUUAGCAGCGAGCUAGGCCGGGGGACUCACGAGCCGCUUCUUCAUACAUAUGAUGCCUAAAGUAUAGUAUAAAGUGAUGGUUUGCCAAGGAGUGCCUAGAGAUCAAGGAGGAAAGGAGUGCGGCAGAGGAUGUGCAGGUACGUGCCCCUUGAGCAUGCGUGCGAGUGCAUGGCGUGGCAAGUCAUGCUGGGCCAGCAGGUGUGUGUGGCGAUGCGGUCUUGCGGCCACCCCCUUGGGUCACCUGGGCACAAGAAACCCGCGGUAAGGCCUCCCGCGGAUGGCGAGGGCGUGUGUGCAGGGGCGAGUGUUCUGUAAUCAGUACGUAGU